AUGCCCUUUGAUGCAAAGUACUUGCCGGAAAACCUUCGCCUACAGCUGCUGAAGGAGGCAUUGCGUCUCGAUCCGGACUUGAGAGAAGAGGACUUGUCCCGGGGUGUCAUCCUCCAUUUGGAUGCCCGGCACUAUGCUGAAGCCGACAAGGCAUUCCUUCGAGAUCUGCAGUGGUGUCCGCGAAAUUUCUUGCACAGGUAUCGCCUUGCCUUCAAGGACCUCGACGACAUCCCCAGAGAGGCCAUUGCACCUCUGCCAGACGAUCUUCGAGGGGCUCUGGACAAGCUCGAGCCCUUGGAUCCUUGGUCUGCGUCUGUCACGGCCCAAUGGUUGGAUCCUACUUGGCGCUGCAAAGCCUGGGACGAGAUUGAUGUGAUGCCUAAGGAGAUCUCUGACGAGAACCUCCGCAAAGAAAGGGAAGCGAAGUAUCCUGAUGGUGUGCCUGCUGAGGUCCGAGAACGACGAGUGGAUCCUUUCGAUGGCCAGCGUUACUCCCUCGCAGAGCUGAUAGCGAAAUACAGAAACGAGUACAGCGAGAAAGACGUCAAGUCGUACUGGAAGAAUGCUAUGCGACCCAACGAAUACAAGGUCGUCGAUUGA